GUGUGGCUAUCAUAUUGGUGUAUGGAGAAGAAGAAACUUGUGACAGAGAAGAUGGCGAGAGGUGCUCGAAGCUUGAGAAAUGUCGCAGAGUGUGUGAAGCGCUUGCCGUCCACAUCCAGCUGGAACGUUCACUCCAGGAAUAACGUCAGAUAUCUGUCGUCAUGCGGGAUCCUGAUGAGCCGCAUGCCCCCUCUGCUGGGUGCCGCAAUGCCCCUGGGCCGCGGUGUGGUCCUGCCCAUUCGCACAUUCUUCAAUCUUGCUGAUUCCUUGUCCAAAAGGAGGGAGUACUCAGAGAGACGCAUCAUCGGGUAUUCAAUGCAGGAGAUCUAUGAAGUGGUGGCAGGUGUGGAGAACUACCGCCUCUUUGUUCCCUGGUGCAAGAAAUCCGAUGUUAUUUUCAAGCGAACCGGGUUCUGCAAGGCCAAGCUGACUGUGGGCUUUCCACCAGUGGUGGAGAACUAUACCUCGCUUGUCACCACAGUGCGCCCCCACCUGGUCAAGGCGUCCUGCUCAGACGGCAAGCUGUUCAACCACCUGGAGACCGUUUGGCGUUUCAGCCCAGGCCUGCCAGGAUACCCUCGGACCUGCACUGUGGACUUUGCUAUAUCCUUCGAGUUCCGCUCACUCAUCCACUCGCAGCUCGCUCACGUCUUCUUCGAUGAGGUGGUCAAGCAGAUGGUGUCAGCAUUCGAGCGCCGGGCCUCCAAGAUCCACGGUUCUGAGACGCCCAUCCCCCGCGAGCUCAUGUUCCAUGAGGUUCACCACACGUAGCGUCGUGUAUACAUAAAAAAAAAAAAAAAAGAGUCAAAAACAUGUCUUCCACCUGAGAUCAGCAACGUGCCUUUUUCGUACAGGAUUAUUUUUAUCAAUGAAGUGGCUCACUGUGAAUGCAGAUUUGUUUUUCACUCUGCCUGCUUGACAAAGGUGGCAGAAUCAUGUUACAAGCCCCUCUCGAUGGAGUUCAGAGGCCAGGCGCAGGCCAACAAAGCUUUUGUUAGAAGCAGAGAAGACCACCCAUUAUGUCACAAUAGUUUGUCGUAAUGCUUCUUUCAGUGGUACUAAUGAUAGCAACAAGCUUCUUGAGUCAUGUUUUUGGGGAACACCUGCCUUUAUUUUAUUCUUAUUUCUACUUUACCACAUUGUUAGUUAAAUGCUGCACACGAGUUGCAUCUUUGUACAUUAAAUAGCCUUUUUUUUUUUUUGCUUUGUUCAAGUGUGCAAUAUAAGGAAUCUUUGCUUUUAAACUAGUACUCGCUACUGGUACCCCGUCAGUCAGGAUGUGGUUUAAGCGAGGCCAGCACAAUUCUAACCGCAUCUGCCCCACUAGCAUAUUUAUCGUUACUUUAAAGAAAACCUCAAUCACAUAUUUAUUGUGUAAAUACCACAAUGAGCUGCUUAAAAAAAUGUGUUUUUGAGAAAGGGAUUGUGUGUUGACUGAUUAAGAAAAAAAAAAAGAUGUACUGACAGCAUGAUGUAUAAAGUAUUUUUUUUUCUAAAAACAUUUGUGUAUUUCUAUCAGUUGCAGCCCCCACCCCACCAAGACAGGACAGAAAUAGGUUCAUCAUGUGAGCAGUAAGAAUAAACUAGUCACACUGUCCUUGAAGGAGACACCUUUAAAAUGUCUGGACAAAUUACCAAUGAGACCCCUUAAGAAGACAUAAGAACCCAAGAGGGCAACACAUUAAAAUAAUUAGAAUUUAUUAAAUAACUGAAAAAUCACCACUAAGCAAUGUCUACAUUGUACAAAACAAAAAUUGAACAAUCGCUGCUAUGUUAGUUUUGAGGGAAUAAUGUAUUGGCAAAGAAAAAGCUACUCGUUAAAUGCAGGUUACAUGUGGAGGACAUCAUACAUACACUCCUGAUCAAAAUCUUAAGACCAGUUGAAAAAUUGGUAGAAUUUGCAUUUUGCACAUUUGGAUCUUAAUGAGGUUUUAAGUAGAGCUACAAUAUGCAAAAACAAGAAGGGGGAGUGAGACAAAAAAAAAUUUGGAGCUUUUAAUUAAAACAAAACAAAAACUGAAAUAGGUUGUUUAUCAGCUGAUCAAAAGUUUAAGACCACAGGCUAUGAAAGACCAAAUCUGCUCAAAAUGUUCAUUUUCUGUCAGGCAUUCACACUGUCAUGCCCUCCUGAUGGCUAAAGCUAAGACGCUUUCUCUUUUUGAACAUAGUCGGAUUGUCAAGCUGCAUAAGCAAGGCCUAUCGCAGCAUGUCAUUGCUGCAGAUGUUGGGUGCAGUAAAGCAGUCAUUCUACAUUUUUUGAAAGAUCCUGAGCAUUAUGGAACAAAAAAGUCAAGUGGUAGACCAAAAAAAUAAAUCACACCUGCGCUGAGCCGGAGGAUCCAAUUGGCUGUCCAUCAAGACACAGGGCGGUCUUCCACCCAAAUUAAGGCCCUUACUGGUGCCGACUGCAGCGCAAUAACCAUUGCAUGGCAUCUGCGGGAACAAAAACAAAGGAAUUCAAAGACCUCGUCUCCUUCAACGCCACAAAACUGCCCGUUUAGACUUUGCCAGGGAGCAUCAAACAUGGGACAUUGAAAGGUGGAAACAAGUUUCAUUCUCUGAUGAGAAAAAACAUAACUUUGAAGGUCCAGAUGGCUUCCAACAUUACUGGCAUGACAAGGAGAUCCCACCUGGGAUGUUUUCUACCCAGCACAGUGGAUGGGGGGUCCAUCAUGAUCUGGGGUGCUUUUUCAUUCAGUGGAACACUAGAGCUUCAGGUGGUGCGGGGUCAUGAAACGGCGGCAGAUGUUGCAGCGGGCUCCCUCAUGACUGAGGGCCCUCGUCUGUGCGGUACCAGCUGGGUUUUUCAACAGGACAACGCUGCAGUUCACAAUGCUCGCUUGACCAAGGACUUCUUCAGGGAGAAUAGCAUCACUCUUUUGGACCAUCCUGCAUGUUCCCCUCAUUUAAAUCCCAUAGAGAACAUUUGGGGAUGGAUGGCAAGGGAAGUUUAUAAAAAUGUCCAUCAGUUCCAGACAGUUGAUGCCCUUCGUGAAGCCAUCUUCCCCACUUGGAGCAAUGUUCCCACUAGCCUCCUGGAAACACUCGCAUCAAGCAUGUCCAAAGCAAUUUUUUAAGUGAUUAACAUGAACGGUGGAGCUACUCAUUACUGAGUCCUACUGAGAACAUUUUUGGUUCUGGUUUGGAGAGUUUUUUGUUAUUUUUUUGGUCUUAAACUUUUGAUCAGCUGAUUAAAAAAAAAAAAAAAAAAAAACUGAAAUAGGUUAAUUACAAUCUCCACAUUUUUUUUGUCUCACUCCUUGUUUUUGCAUGUUGUAGCUCUACCUAAAACCUUGAAGAUCCAAAUGUACAAAAUGCAAAUUCUAGCAAUUUUUCAACUGAUCUUAAGAUUUUGAUCAGGAGUGUAUGUUUUUAACAAAGGCCUCGGGUGAUCUACACUGCAGGCACUCUGCAUUCAAUCCACAGACAACAAAAAUAAGUUGAAAAAUUAUUUUAAUUAAAUCAAAUAAGCCUUCACCCACAUCAGCAGGGGAAAAAAACAUGAUAGAUACAUAUAUAAAAAAAACAAAAUUAAGUAACGACAAAUGACAGCAACACAUUCAGAGCUUCACUUCACGCUCUUCAUGAUUUUUUCCUCAGUGUUAUGUCUUUUAAAGAUGAGCUUCACAAGAUGUUUUUCCACUACAGGAAGUCAUCAGGUGAUUUCAGAAAAAUGGCUGAUGGUUGUCUUACAUAACUACGUCCAUAUUAAGUCCCCGAUGUGCAGUUGUAGGAUUGCAAGUCAUGUGGUCUUAAUUGUUGGAACGACCCACAGAGGGCUCAGUGCCUGUAAACGUUCACCUGACGUUCCUGCAAGGGAAAAAAUGUUGUGGCUAACUUGGACAUGUUUGUGCUGAGAAGUUCUCCUCAGAUGCAUGGCAAGCUGAUGCUGGCUCCUCUGGGGAAGAAUUGCCGACAUCCUGGUGGUUGGUCAGUGAGUUUUAAGGGGUCAGAGUUUGGUGGAAAUUGGUGCAGGAGUCUUGGAGGCACCACUCUGUCCUUUCAGUCUGUACAGUUGUGGAGGGAGGAAUGCGGGCUUUUAGAAACCCAUGCCACCACCCAUGCCGCCCAUACCACCCAUACCACCCAUGCCGCCUCCAGGCAUCUCCUUCUCCUCCUUGGGGAUCUCUGUGACCACAGCCUCAGCGGUGGAGAGCAGGGAGGCCACACCCGCAGCGUCCAGCAGUGCAGUCCUUACCACCUGUGGGGAGAACCUCGUCAAUCACAUCACAGGUGGACCAAUAAGGGCUUUGGAAAGUAGGAGAAGUUUUACCUUGGUAGGGUCGAUGAUGCCCUUCUCCACCAUGUUGACGUACUCGCCCUGCAUGGCAUCGUAGCCCACCUCAGGAAGGCCCUGCAAGAUCUUCUCCACCACCAGCGAGCCCUCCACGCCGGCGUUCUUGGCAAUGGUCAUUGCAGGGAUGCGGAGUGCCCGCCUGAUAAUGUCCACACCUGAGAGUAGAGUGGUUAA